AUGUUUUUGUCUUUGAUGAAAUCAUUUUUUUCUUCUUUUAAUGUCACGAAUUCCUUCUUUGUGGGCUCCAUCACACUGAUUGGUCGCAGACGCUUUCAAUCAGUUAAGCAAGCAGCCAAUCAGAUCAUGUUAGCUUUUUCUCCUAUACUUUUUAUACCACUGUCGACGCCAUACUGUAAAAGAGUUUGCGUGAUAUGUGCGAUAAGAAAGCGAAAGAUGAACAGUACGAUGCGAAAACUCAAACUUGCUUCCGGUCCGCCAUCUUUUUUUUUUUUUUUAAUUCUUCCUUGUUCCUUUCACGACUUUCAUCUUUAUCCGGAUUUCCUUGUUUUCAUGAUAAACCCCUGUUGUCUUUCUUUUUUCGGUGAAAGAAAUUCGUCCUUCCUUCCUUCCUUCCUUCCUUCCUUCCUUCCUUCCUUCCGUUCUUUCUUUCUUUUUUUUUACUUCUUUCCUUUCUUUCUUCCUUCCUUCCUUCUUGCUUCCUUUCUUUCAUCCAUUUAUUCUUUCUUUCUUUUUUUCUUUCUUUCUUUUAUUUUUUCCUUCCUUCCUUUAUUCUCACUUCUUUCUGCUUUUUUCGUUGUCCAUUUUUUUACUUUUCAUCUUUCUCUUCAUUAUUUUCUUUGUCCCUUCUUUCUUUUUUCCUUCCCUUCUUCCCAUUCCUUCCUUCUUUCCUUCCUUCCUUCAUCGCUCUCUUCCUUCCUUCCUCCCUCCCUUCCUUCCUUCCUUCCUUCCUUCCUUCCUUCCUCCCUCCUUCCUUCCUCCCUUCCUUCCUUCCUUCCUUCCUUCCUUCCUUCCUUCCUUCCUUCCAUUCAUUCCUUCCAUCCUUCCUUCCUCGCUUCCUACCAUCCUUCCUUACUUCUUUCCUUCCUUACAUCCUUCCUUCCUCGCUUCCUACCAUCCUUCCUUACUUCUUUCCUUCCUUACAUCCUUCCUUCCUCGCUUCCUACCAUCCUUCCUUACUUCUUUCUUUCCUUCCUUCCAUCCUUCCUUCCUCGCUUCCUACCAUCCUUCCUUACUUCUUUCCUUCCUUCCAACCUUCCUUCCUUCUUUCAUUCCUUCCUUCCUCGCUUCCUUCCUUCCUCGCUUCCUUCCUUCCUCUCUUCCUCCUUUUCUUCCUUCCUCGCUUCCUUCCAACCUUCCUUCCUUCCUUCCUUCUUUCCUCGUUUCUUUCCUUCUGCGCUUCCUUCCUUCUUUCCUUCUCAUUUCUUUCUUCCUUUAUUCAUUUUCUUCGUUUUUAUUUGUCCUUUCUUUACUGUGAUUUUCUUUCUUUCUUUCCUUCUUCUGCUUUUUUCUUUCCCUCAUUUACUUCUUCUUCUUCUUCUUCUUCCUCCUCCUCCUCCUCCUCCCUGGGUUUCAUAUUUCCAUCUUUGUUCUCAUCAGUAUACAUUUCGGCUUUCAUUCAUUUUGUGA